CAGGUAUAAACCUAAUCAAACUCUUCAUCUUGGCAUUUAAAUUUCUAUUGUCAUUCUCGCAAGAGACAAUCUUCCCAUAGGAGAGAGAGAGAGAUCAUAGAAAUGGAAGAGCUGAAACAUUUCAGCCAUGAGCAGCACCUGCUGAUCCUAGAGAAAGGGGAAAGGGAUGAGACUGUUCAGAAAUCAAUCUGCUAUGGCUGCGGAGCACCAGUGCUUUCAGAGCCCACCUAUUCCUGUAAAGAGUGCAGCAUCUUUCUUCACAGAAGAUGUGCUGAACUUCCAGAGAAACUUUCUGAUCAUCCCAUGCACCCUCAACACCGCCUCACCCUUCUUGAGAAGCCUCCAAAUAAAGAAGGGAUCUGCGACUGUAAAGGCUGCGGGCAAUCAUGGAGAAACUUCACCUAUCACUGUAACACUUGUAAUUUUAACCUCGACAUCUCUUGUGCUAAACUUCCAAAGGAAAUUUCUCACGCCAUGCACCCUCAACACCGCCUCACCCUUCUUGAGAAGCCUCCAAAUAAACACGGGAUCUGCGACUGUGAAGGCUGCGGGCAAUCAUGGAGAAACUUCACCUAUCACUGCAACACUUGUAAUUUUAACCUCGACGUCUCGUGUGCUAAACUUCCAGAGAAAAUUUCUCAUGCCAUGCACCCUCAACACCACCUCACCCUUCUUGAGAAGCCUCCAAAUAAAGAAGGGAUCUGCGACUGUGAAGGCUGCGGGCAAUCAUGGAGAAACUUCACCUAUCACUGCAACACUUGUAAUUUUAACCUCGACGUCUCGUGUGCUAAACUUCCAGAGAAAAUUUCUCAUGCCAUGCACCCUCAACACCACCUCACCCUUCUUGAGAAGCCUCCAAAUAAAGAAGGGAUCUGCGACUGUGAAGGCUGCGGGCAAUCAUGGAGAAACUUCACCUAUCACUGUAACACUUGUAAUUUUAACCUCGACAUCUCGUGUGCUACCGAAGACCGAAAAUUGAACCAUCCAAGUCAUGCACACACUCUAAAAUUCGUGCCAAAGCCAGUCACGUUUGAGUGCCAUGCUUGCUGGGAAAGAAAGGAAGAUGUAUCAUACUUGUGUACUAGUUCUAGUUGUCCAUAUUGGAUCCACAAGAGAUGUGCCUCAUCACCUACCAUCAAGAAACGCUGGGAUCACGAUCACCCUCUCUCCCUUGCCUAUUGUCUUUCGGAUGAUUACAUUGCCUAUGAGUUUUCUUGUGAUGUCUGCGACCAAAUGAUAAAGCCGAAUGAUUGGAAUUACUACUGCGGCCCAUGUAGACACUUUGUGCAUCUUACGUGCAUCAAUGCACGGGUCGGACUACUGCACCAAAUGCGGGGCCUGCCUACAAAAUGGGGUCAACGAAGGACCAUAAUGCUGCCCAGGGACAAUUAUUAUGAAGAAGUUGCAAGGGAGUGGAUAGCGCGGGAGUUGGGAGCUCUGAGAGGAUUGAUCAGGGAACCAAUUUGUGGGCAUCCCGUGGUUCAUCUUGAUGUGCGAGAGGACGCUACCGCAAGAGGCAAAGAAAUCACAUGCGAAGCUUGCACUGAACCGAUCGUCUCUACAUGCUAUAAGCGGGUAACCUCCAAUCACUUUCUUCACGACGCUUGUGUCAUGCAGCAGACUGCUUUAUAUCACCCACCCAAUCCGUCUUGUAAUGUUCCGAGUGGCAAGCCAAAAGUUGAAUUGACAUCGCCUGCAAGCACUUGCGGCUUUUUCAAGUGUGAUGCCUGCAAUUUGGAUUCCAAUGGUUACUCGUUCAAUUGCGAGGGAUGUAGCCUCCGCCUAGAUGUCAAGUGUGGAAACUUACCAAAAGAGGUUUUUCAUGGUUCUCACCGCCAGCACUGGCUCAUCAGUGCCAGAGAAUAUCCAGUCCCGAACCAAAAAAGGUGCAAGGGUUGUGGUGAUUUCGUUACUUGCCUAUAUUUUAAGUGUAGUCGUAAUUAUUGCAGCUUCGUUCUAGGAUAUGAUUGCGCUCUCCUACCCAAAAGAGUGAAGCAUAGGUGGGAUAAGCACCCCCUCGUUCUAAGCUUUCCUCCUUUCUUUGAACAACCUGAUAAAUUCUAUUGUGAGGUUUGUGAAGAAGAAAUCCAUCCCCGGCAUUGGCAGUAUCGUUGUAGUGAAUGUGAUCAAUCUUUUCAUCCUCGUUGUAUCCCACAGGCCAGUUCAUCCCGGAACAUCAAGUUUGGGAUCACUACAGAUGUCGGUGCACAUCCGCAUGCUCUGAAGUUAGUUCCGGAAGGCGAAUAUCGUUCUGCUUGCUCCUCCUGUAAAGCAUCAUUGUAUGGACGCCGGGCAUUCAAGUGCACUGCAACUUGCAAGUUCUACCUCUGCCAUGAUUGUGUUGCUGAGAGAUCUGCUGAUACUAGUACUCAUUAAAAUUUCUGUCUAUGGAUCUGCACUCUUGAUUACUAGUAUUACGUACAUAUCCGUCUCUCAAACAUGUAUACAUAUGUGUCUCCAGAAUCAAGUGUGGCUACCUGAUAAAUGUCCUGUAAUUAAGAUGUGUACUAAUGUUUAAGGCAAGUGUGACCUCGUUACAUGAUCCUUCAGGGAUGCAUCUAAUAUAGAAAAUCAGAGUUAUUUGGGAGGCAAA